AUGGUUGGAGGUGGAUGUUUUUCAAAUCACCCAAUCUUAAAUGGAACCAGCGGUGCUGGAAAUGUUACCAAUAUCGGUGGUGUUAAUUCCUAUGUCACUGGUUGCCCUCUCUCCAUCCUCGCCAUACUUCUUGUAUCCGAUGUUUAUGGAUAUAAAGCACCAAAUUUAAGGAAAAUUGCAGACAAAGUUGCAGCUUCUGGGUAUUAUGUUGUGGUUCCUGACUUCGUACAUGACGACCCUUUUGAUCCUAAGAAUAAGAAAAGGCCAAACGAUGUUUGGGUAAAAGAACAUGAUCCGGGAAAAGGUUCUGAAACUGCAAGACCUGUUAUUGAAGUCUUAAGAAGAAAAGGUGCUUCUGCUGUUGGAAUUGCUGGUUUCUGUUGGGGUGCUAAGACCGUUACCAACCUUGGGAAAUCCGACCUAGUCCAAGCUUCUGUACUGUUACAUCCAUCGUAUAUCACUGUGGAUGACAUCCGUGGUAUUAAAAGUCCUAUUGCUAUACUUGGAGCUGAAUAUGACUCACUCACUCCUCCAAAGCUUGUAAAAGAAUUUAAACAAGUACUAGAUGCAAAACCUGAGGUUGAUAGUUAUGUAAAAAUAUUCCUGAACGCCUCACAUGGUUGGACUCUGAGGUAUGACCCUAAUGAUCCAAGAGCUGUGAAGGAGUCAGACGCGGCUCACAAAAUCAUGAUAGAUUGGUUUGAUAAACAUCUUAAGAAGUGA